AUGGAGAUGAAACGCAAAGAGAGGGAGCCUGAGAAUCCUAGCCUCUUCUACCUUAAUCUGUACUUGAACAUUUCUAAGUUCCCAAACGCUUCUCAAUCUUUAAAUGACUCUUCAUUCGACAACACUCGUACUAGGGUUAGUUUAUUCGAUUUUCCUAACCGCAAACAAAAUAUACAGCCAUUGUUUAAGAAAAUUCGUUAUAGUCCUGAGCACGGCUGUAUAGUCAUGAAUACUGAAGAAUCUCCUUCACCUACUUCAACCUCAUUUUUACGUGAUUUAUCGCCAAGACUUGUUCGUGGUAAUGGUAAUGCUAACAUUCCUGAGAUUUACACAAAAGAUCUCGUUUCAACCAUUGGAAGUCGUGACCAUUACUCAGCAGAUCUUGUCCCAAACUUCGGGGAAAACAGUUCCAGCAUCAAUGAUUCUAAAGAUUGGGGGCUUGAUUUGUCUCUCUAG